UUUUUAUAAAAAUUUUCAAAAAAUGGUCAAAAUAACCAAAACUACAAAAGAAAGUAAACAACAGCAGCGAGUUAUAAACAAAAAUCUUCAAAAAGACAAACUCUCGCCUGAAAAAAUUAUACAAAAACAACGACUUUUGGAGUUGAGUUUUGGAAAAUUGAAUGCGGAACUGGCCAAAAAAGAUUCUGAUUUGCUUAAUAGUUAUGGAACGAAGAAAAAUAUUUUUAUGGAUAUACUCAAAAUUCCUCCAGUUAUUGACUUGGGAACUGUUGACGAUAAUAUUAGCAACAAAACUGGAGCUAACAAUGUCAGCUUACCACGACUACCAACCAAAUUACAAAUAGAAACAAAACAAGAAUUUGUGAAAGAGUCAUUGUUAAGUCGACAUGGACACGGAGUUGUUUUGUUAAAUUCUCCAAGUAAUACUGAGGAAGAAGAGGAAGAGGGGGAUAUUACUUUAAUUGAAGAGAAUACUCCGAGCAAUAAAAAAUUGAAACAAAAAAUUUCGAAAGGAGGAAAAGUUGAGAAGAAGAAGAAAAUAAUUCCAACUUCAGUCAAAUCUCCAGCUUUAAAUCUUCAGUCUUCUCCAAGUAUUUCUACAUCGGUUAACUUUUCGGCUUCUCAGGGAACAAUUGCAAACACUUCAAUUUUUUCUGAUAUUGAUUUGCGUGAAGAAACUGGAAUUAUAAAAUUGAACAAAAAGAUUUUAUCUCGUCAAUCAAAACAGAAAACAGUUGCACAAAUAAAAGAGCAAUUGUGUCAUAGUUGUGUUACCAACAUUGAAAACGCGUCAGUUGAGCGUCUCCCACAAGUGUCUCAACCAUCAACUAGCAAAAAUUCUGAAAAUAGGCGUUUGAGCUAUACAAGAGAAGAAAUUUUAAGUAUUUGCCCUCCAAAACAAGAAAAUUCUUUCGAAGAGUUAUCACUUGAUCAUAAAACUUUUGCAAGUCGGAUACGUUAUGAACAUCGUUCUUCAAAAAUUGAUUUGUCUAAAAAUUAUAAAUUGGUUGGGCUUCGAUAUUAUCAACAAAUUUUGGGUAAAGAAAUUUUUCCCAACACAAAUAAAUUCCUUCGAAUACCAUUGUCUGUUGUGUCAUUUAACGUUUUAUGUCAACACUAUGUGAAUGUAAUGUCUCAUUUAUAUCAACAUUUAAGGGGUGCUAAAAGUGCUCAUAAACUUUGGAAUUCCAGAAAGCAAAAACUUGAAUUGGAAUUUGAUAGGAUUGAUGCAGAUAUUUUUUGUUUACAAGAAGUUCAAGACGUUCAUUAUGAAGAAUUUUAUCUUCCUUAUUUUACAAGCAGAUUCCAAGGUCUUUUUACUCGCAAAACGGGCGGUUUACAAACCCCGGAUGGAUGUGCUAUUUUUUGGCGUCAAUCAAAAAUUACUUUACUCUAUAUAAACCAAGUUUCAUUCAAUUUAUUUAUCCCUCCAACUAUGAACAGUCCAAAUAUUGGGCAAGUGGCUAUAUUUGGAUUAAAUGAUUGUUUAUACAAUUCUUCAGCAUUUUGUAUUUCAAAUACUCAUAUAUUUUUUCAAAUGAAGAAGGGAGCUAUAAAAUUGGCACAAAUUGCAUAUUUGUUGGGGCAUAUGAAAAAGGUUUGGUUUUUUGGUAUUUUUUGGAUGGCAUGGAGGGGGUUGCUUUGGUUUUGGGAUAGGCUGUCAUUUGUCAUUCGAACCCCGAUAGCUGAAAGACGAACUUUUUUCGACACGAUACUAUAA